AUGUGGACUAAAUAUUUUCGCCAGUGGUACGGGUCGCUCAAUGACAGCAGGGUGGGUGAAGUGCUAGUAGAGAACUGUACAGCCAAGUGCCAUGUUACGAAUGACCCCCGUAUGGUGGAAUACAGCGAUGUUGUGCUGUUUCACGUACGCGACAUGAACGUCACGGAUUUUCCAACUCAGCGCCUAGACUGGCAGAAAUGGAUCUUCUACUUGAUGGAAGCACCACCAAACACGAAGUUCCACGACUUCCACCUUGUGAACGACACAUUUAACUGGACGAUGUCUUAUAGGAAGGACUCUGAUGUUUACGUGCCGUACGGAAGGAUUGUGCCUCGCAAUGCCACCUCUGCUACGGCAACAACGAGAGACAUGAGGGCCAUCUGGAAGCAUAAGAAUAAAACCGCUGUAUGGAUAGUCAGCAACUGCCAAACUGAAAGCAAUAGAGAAAUGUUCGUAAUGGAACUCAGGAAGUACAUGGACGUUGAUGUGUAUGGCUUCUGUGGUGACGACAAGUGUCCGUUGUCCAGAGGUGAUUCCUGCUACGCAGACUUCCAGCGCACUUACUUUUAUGCGCUUGCUUUUGAAAACUCAAUAUGCAAAGAUUACGUCACGGAGAAGUUUUUCACUGCCCUUCAGUACGACAUCGUGCCAGUCGUGUUCGGAGGUGCAAAUUACAGUCAAAUAGCACCACAUCAUGCGUAUAUUGAUGCACUCUCCUUCCAAUCACCUAAACAUCUUGCGGAAUAUCUCGUAAGGUUAUCGAAGAAUUAUACGGAGUACGCCGCCUACUUUACCUGGAAAGAGAGCCAUGAUAUAAUUCAGUGGGACGAGGGACUCUGUGAGCUUUGCACCAGGUUGCACAACCGUGUUAAACUUCAGCGGGCUUUUUCAUCGUACGGCGACAUUAGGAAGUGGUGGUUCGACAAGAGCCAUUGCCGAAGUUGGAAGUGA